GGGUUCAGUGUCUGGAACUGUUUCUAUUAUCUGUCUAUUAGCCUGAUGCUAACUGUUAGCCGUGUGUUGCGUUGUUUUGGGCAGAUCGGACUCCGCCGGCUUAACUUCCCCCGUGUCUCGUCUAUCGGGGUCUCUGUGGUGUUUGUGUGUUUUAGCGUUGGUCUUUGUUUUAGCACAUUUAGAGAUUUAAUUUUGAUUAACUCAGCAAAGGGAACUUUGGGGCAAGUGUUUCAUGGUGCGAGCAGAAACGUGAGUCUUUAAUCCUUUUUAUUUGAACCCUUUCAGUUCUUGGACAGUAGAAUCAGGCUCCGCUUUAAUCUCAAGUUUUCACAGGACAAGCAAGGAAUGAGUUGCGGUCUGACUCCGUCUUUGUUCUUGUGGCAUGAACACAAACUGUUUACAGUUUUUAUUAUAGUUAUUUACACACAAUAAAUAAACUGCUACUCACUCUAUCACUUCGUCACUUUCUGGUUAUUCAGGCCAAGUGGGCGAGGUCGUGAUUUUGCGCCCGUCUCCUCCGCUCCAGGCGCCUUUACGCACAUGUUUCUUCUGAAGGCUCGGAGCGGCGCUUCUCCAGCAGGUGGCGCCCUAGACGACCGCCUAUGCCCAGAACCGGCCCUGUGGUUAUUGCACAUUUAUGUUUGUACAGCACUGAGUCAUCGUUUUGUGUAACCGGUAGAGUUCAGUUCAGACACAACCUGGGGGAAGAAGCUGACCCUGGUUCUGCUGGUUCUGGUGGCUAUGGCUCUGUGACGCCUGCCAGAGGGGAGGAGCUUAAACAGUUUGUGUGUGGGGUCAGCGGUGAUGCUGACAGCCCGUUUCCUGAGUCUGGACCGGUACAGAUGCUCAAUAGAAGGAAGCUCAGUCCCAAUGAUCUUCUCUGCUGACCGGACCUCCCUCUGCAGUCUGUGUCUGUCCUGCCUGGUGGCUGAACCAGACCACACAGUGAUGGAGGUGCAGAGGACAGACUGGACGAUGGCCGUGUAGAAGGUGGUCAGCAGCUCCUGGGGCAGGGAAGUUCAACCUCUGCUGGGUCUUUUUGCGGACAGUGUCUAUGUGGGGGCCCCACUUCAGGUUCUGGAAGAUUGUGGACCCUAGGAACCUGAAUGAGUCCACGGUAGACACUGUGUUGUUGUGGAUGGUGAGGGGGAGAGGGGGCAGGCGGUUCUUCCUGAAGUCCACUGUCAUCUCCACAGUCAGCUGGUUCUGACUGCACCACUGGACCAGCUGCUCCACCUCCUGUCUGUAUGCAGACCCAUCAACGUCCUGGAUGAGCCCAACGACGGUCAUGUGGUCUGCGUGCUUCAUACUUCAGACGCGUCUCCUGAGGUGCAGUCUUUGGUAUAGGGGGAUAGAGCAGUGGGGAGAGGACACAUCCCUGAGGUGCGCCGGUGCUGAUGGUGCCUGAUGUGAUGCUUCCCAGCCUCACCUGCUGCCUCCUGUUAGUCAGGAGCACAGACACAAGACAAGGACCAAGCUGACGCUUUCUUGAGCUGUUAGACUACAUGUGGUUGAUCUGGCUGAUCUGGGGCUGUGGAUUUUCUCCUGUCGACUGUGUGCUAGGGCGCUAAUGUAAAGCCUCCUCAGACAUCCUCUAUCUGACCCCUUCCAGCUGCCUGUUUUCCCAAUGCCUCGAUGGAAACCACUCGUCCGUCAGUGUUUGCGAUGGUCCAAGCCAGUCAGUCAAGCCUUUGCCUUGUCCAUCAUCACCUUUUGUGUCGCUCUGCCUCUGUGCUGCCAUCGGAUCCUUUACUCUUACUACUUUAUCAAGUCCAUGUACCUUGAAUCCAUGAGUGAGGAGGCUCUACGAACAAGCCUGGACCAAGGUCAAGAAGCGCUGCACUUCUGGCAGAAACCCACUUCUGAGGCAUCCUCCAGGUUCCGAGAUGCUGCCCAGCAUCCGGAGCUCCUGGUUACUGUGAUAACAGCCAGACGGGCUGAGGGAAAGGACUUCCACUAUCUGUUGCAGGUGAUGCGGCAGCUGCACGGCAUUCUGGGAGACUGUGGGGAGCAGCGCUGUGCAGAGGUGCUGGUCUGUGACGUGGAAAGUGGUCCUGUGGAAAACAAGGAUGCCAAGCUGCUGGAGCCGCACUUCAGGGUGAUCCGCCGCCCCCCUCAGGAGCAGCAGAGGAGCUGGGAAGUCAACAUGUUUGAGAAGGAAAAGCGAGAUUACGUCUUUUGCCUCCGCAAGGGAUGGGAGCUGGUGAAGCCAAGAAACACGGUUGUCCUGGAGGAUGAUGCUUUGCCACAGCACGAUUUCUUCACAGUUGUAAAAGACUUGCUGUCGCGCAGGUUUGCCCUCCAGACUCUUUACAUCAAGCUGUAUCACCCUGAAAGGCUGCAACGCUAUUGGAACCCAGAGCCCUACAGAAUCCUGGAGUGGGUGGGACUCGGCCUGGUGGGAGCGACGGUGCUCCUCCUGAUCCUUCCCUUCUGCAACCCCUGCUCCUUGUCCUUCACGUUUUCAUGCGGCCACGUCAUCUUCUUCACCAUCUACUUCAUGGCGGCUGCCGAGCUGGUGGGGCGCCACUACCUCCUGGAGGCGCGGAGGCUGUCCCCGCAGCUCUACGCAGUAUCACCUGCCACCGAGUGCUGCACCCCGGCCAUGCUCUUCCCUGGCAACGCCUCGCUCAGGGUGGCAGAGUAUCUGGACGGCUCGUUCUGUGUCAAAGGGAACGCCAAAGACAUGGUUCUGUAUAAGGUAGCCAGGACGGUCCCUGGGGAAAGGUCUCAUAGCGUGGAGCCCAACCUUGUCACCCACAUUGGUGCGUACUCCUCUGUCAGGACCAACCCAGCUCGACCCAAACUCCUCUGACAGGAGGCGUGGAGAGGAUUGAAUCUGGUUCCUCCUGCCAUGAUCAGACGUUUAAAGAUGUCACUCAGCAAACAUUGGUUUGAAGGUGAAAAGUUGUUGGGUCUGAGUUCAGUUUAAAUAUUACCAUAGUAAAGUUGAGUAAUAUUUUAUAGACUCCAGCCUAUAAAAGCUAAAUGACACGACUGCGUCCAAAGUUAGUGGAACCCAAAAGAGACAUUAAAAGAUGUCAUGUUUAAAACAAAUGCAACCUGAUUCUGAUCUGUGUUACCUGGAACUCACCAAAUCCCUGAGCUGUGUUUAUGCUUCAGGAUCAUCAUGCUGGAUUUCAUGUUUCUAUGCUGCUGUAAUGUUGUAGUUCUACUGCCUUGGCUCGUGAAACCAUCAAAACAAUCAGAUGCUGUUUAAAUCCUUCACAUUGCACUUUUAGGACGUGUGUGACAUGAGACUGAAGAACUUGAUCAAAGGCUUCAUCCACAGUUUAAACACCCAGAGGCUGCAGCAUCCUGUUAUGAUCUCAGAAAUGUCCAGUAACUGGUCAGACUUUGAACGUGUGACCUGUUAUUUAUUGGCACUGGAGCUUUGUAUUUCUUCAGUGGUUGAAUAUGAGGUUUGGACCAAUGUUCUUCAAUGACUUUCUAAAACAAUAUUAUUCUGUUUGAGGAAACAACUACUACAGCAUAGGUUACUGUAUCAGUGACUUGAUUAGACAUAUGGAGACACAGCAAGUGAUAAUAUCUGCCUUUAAACCAACAGUCUGACGCUUCAGAAUGAAUCUGAACGUUAUUUAAUCUCUACUAUUAAAGGAGAUGUAAGAAUAGUCAGCAAACCUUGGAAGCUUCUGCUUUGAACAAGAGUGAAACACACAGACUCCUGCCACCUGCUUGCUCCUGCAAGCUCCUCCAGGGGCCACUCCUCUACGUUCUGUCUGACUCACCUAGUUUAAUGAGGCUCUUUGUGUGGUGGUUUGCUGUUGAGUGCUACACUUGCUCUUGACAUAAAACGCUGCAGAUGAAUAACUGGAAUGUGAGACUGUUGGUAAUCAAACUAGCAGGUCACUGACUGCUCUUUGUAUCCCUGAAUGUGCCUUUUAGUCUUUAUUAUAUGUAGUUAUCUAGUAAGAAUGACAGGAAGUAGCUGCCAAAGUAAAACUAACACGUGCAUGAAGUUUUCCAAUCUGCCAACAUUAGAUCAGCUGUAAAAUUUCUUUGAUUAAAACACAGUUUUGUUUGACAACUUAUUUAAGUUAAUCUUUAAGAUAACAUCGGAUCAAAGUGUUGUUAUAGCGUAUACUGCUUCCUGUUGUUCUGCUGAUUUAGCGUUUUUUUUUUGGUCAGAAUUAACAAGGUGUAUGCUGUUUAUUACUUGCUUCAAUGUUGCACUUUAUAAAAGGAAUCCUUAAAUAAAAUAUAUCAGGUGAAAGUUUAAUCAAGUUCAGUAAAAAAUUAAAAUCACAAAAUACAAAUUAAAAUGGUUUAUCUAUAAUAUUUUCCCUAACUCUAAGUAUACACACUUGCCUUUAAGUUUGUUUUCUUAUGUUUAUCUAUUGACUAAUUUGCAAAAUUCAAUGAAAUGUGAAUUAUUUAUUUGUAGGGUCUUCCUAUAACAAUAUAUUGAUUUUACUUCA